CAGACCAGACCAGACCAGACCAGAGCCAGGACCAGAGGUGGAUGCUGGGAGGAGAUGCUGGCCCUGGGUCAGUUGGGGGUCUUGUCGUCCCUGGUGACGGCGCUGACCUCGCUGCUGUCGGCGCUGCUGCUGCUGGUUCUGACCCGCCAGCUGUGGAGUCUCCGCUGGAGCCUGACCCGGGACAAGGAGAGCCGCCUGCCGCUGCCCCGGGGCUCCAUGGGCUGGCCCCUGGUGGGGGAGACCUUCCACUGGCUCUUCCAGGGUUCAAACUUCCACAUCUCGCGCAGAGAGCGCCACGGCAACGUGUUUAAGACCCACCUCCUGGGGAAACCCGUCAUCCGGGUCACCGGAGCAGAAAACAUCCGUAAGAUCCUGCUGGGGGAGCACAGCCUGGUGUGCACCCAGUGGCCCCAGAGCACCCGCAUCAUCCUGGGGCCCAACACGCUGGUCAACUCCAUCGGAGACCUGCACAAGAGGAAGAGGAAGAUCCUGGCCAAGGUGUUCAGCCGGGGGGCGUUGGAGUCCUACCUGCCGCGGCUGCAGGACGUCGUCAAGUCUGAAAUCGCCAAGUGGUGCUCGGAGCCGGGCGCCAUCGACGUCUACGGCGCCGCCAAGUCGCUGACGUUCCGCAUCGCGGUGCGGGUCCUGCUGGGCCUGCAGCUGGAGGAGGAGCGCACCGUUUACCUGGCCAACAUCUUCGAACAGCUGAUGAACAACCUGUUCUCGCUGCCCAUCGACGCUCCGCUCAGCGGCCUGCGCAAGGGGAUAAAAGCGCGAGAAAUCUUGCACGCCAACAUGGAGAAGAUCAUCGAGGAGAAGAUGGAGCGGCAGCAGGCGGAGGAGGAAUAUCACGACGCCUUCGAUUAUAUUCUGUCCAGCUCCAAAGAGCACGGACAGCAGCUCAGCAUCCAGGAGCUCAAGGAAACGGCAGUAGAGUUGAUCUUCGCGGCUCACUCCACCACCGCCAGCGCCUCCACCUCCCUGAUCCUGCAGCUCCUUCGCCACCCGGCGGUGGUGGAGCGGGCCCGGGCGGAGCUGGAGGCGGAGGGGCUCGGCUACGAGUCCCACAGCCCGUCCGCCAACCACAGCGACGGGUUCCCACAGUCCCGGUCCCACCUGCCGUACCUGAGCCUGGACAAGCUGAGCCAGCUCCGCUACGUCGACCGCGUGGUCAGGGAGGUUCUCCGCUUCCUGCCGCCGGUCUCUGGGGGGUACCGGACGGCCCUGCAGACGUUCGAGUUAGACGGCUACCAGAUCCCCAAAGGCUGGAGCGUAAUGUACAGCAUCCGGGACACCCACGAGACCGCCGCGGUCUUCCAGAGUCCGGAGCUGUUUGACCCGGACCGGUUCGGCCCAGAGCGGGACGAGAGCCGGUCGGCGCGGUUCAGCUACGUGCCGUUCGGCGGCGGCGUGCGGAGCUGCGUGGGGAAAGAGCUGGCGCAGAUCAUCCUAAAGACUCUCGCCGUGGAGCUGAUCGGGACAUGCAGAUGGACCCUCGCCACGGAGAACUUCCCCAAGAUGCAGACAGUCCCCAUAGUGCAUCCGGUCAACGGGCUACAUGUGCAUUUCAAUUACAGCUGCCCGCCUUAGACACAAAAACUCCACUCAAAGGGGCAUUUUAACCUUUAAUAUGCUUCUGGACAAACUCUGCAAGCCCCAGACGGGAGGCCGAAGCCCCUCGCCGGGCCCGACGGUGCAGCUCACGCACAGGAAGAAGGCGCUCAAGUCGCUGGUUUGGAGCUCGACAUCUUCUGUUCAGUGGUUCGAUCCAAACAUGAGAAACCACUUUCUGUUGUAGCACAAGUUCAUGUUGUGAUAUCUUCACCUGCAGCGUUUUGCAGCUUCUUCUGUCCUUUACAUGCAGUUUUAAGUUAUUAAUGUGUCAAGGUGCAGUGUAGCCGUUUCCCUGCUUAUUUUCAAACACAAGAUCUGGGUUUGUCCGGCUCAAAGGACUGCAUGCACACCUCAGUUACAAUAGCAAAACCUUCAAAUCAGAGCUAAAACAACACGUAUACAAACCUAAUGUGCAUUUUACUCUCCUAAAACUUACAACACACCUACUGAAGGUACAAGAGAGUCUUUCCAUGAAGCUCUUCUAGUUCUAGUUUCUCGCGGAACAAACAUGCAGCAUCUUGUUUUGAUACAAACUCACAAAGUUCUUUAAACAUGAUAAAAUCCAAUUAUUCUUGGUGCUUUUAUCUUCGCAGUAGAGCUGUCUUCAACUAAAGAAGUCUUCGGUUGACUAACACUCAUACCAUUUUGUCCACUGAUUUGAAAAAUUAAGUUUCUCCACAAAGAAUCAGACAUAUGCUUGCAAGUUUCUUGGAAAUAUGCAUGAAAAAAAAUCGCCAAUCUGUCAACCAAGACCAAAAUUGGUCGACUAAUCUACUGACUAGUUUUUAAAUCAACAUGUAUCAGUAAGGACAUAUCCCAGGACUCUAUGCAUGUCCACAAUUCAAUGCAAUUCAUCGUUAUUUUACUUCAGAAGCCUACAAAACCUUUGAGAUUAACAGAAAGCAGUUGGUAAAAGUCUUCAGGGACCUCUAAUCUGCAGAAUCAACGUGGUUGGAACUAAAAAAUAACCUGUAAGUGGCUCAAAAACAAGCUAGAGGUUUCAUUUUACUUAACUAAAACUUACAACACUCCUACUGAAGGUAGAUCUUUCCAUGUAGCUCUUAUGGUUCCAGUUUCUCGCAGAACAAACAUGCAGCAUCGUGUUUUGAUACAAACUGAUCACAAAGUUCUUUAAACAUGGUAAAAUACAAUUAUCUUUGGUGCUUUUAUCUUCCCAGUAGAGCUGUCCUAGAGAAAUCCUUGGUUGCCUAACACUCAUACGAUUUUGUUCACUGAAAAAUUAAGUUUCUCCACAAAGAAUCAUGCAAAAGCAUGACUUUAAAUUGAAUGUUUACCAGAAAUAUGCUUGCAAGUUUCUUGGAAAUAUGCAUGAAAAAAAUCAACGAAAACAAUCUGUCGA